CAAGCAUUUGUUGUUGUCGCCCCAUUCGUAAACAACACGAUCGGAGGAAAACCUUUGCACAGCGCGGGAAACCACUGCAUCCGAUUUUUGUUCCUCCGAGUGAUUAAUUAUCGUCCCAUCCACCCAGCAUGCCGAAGCGAAAUGUAGCAUUCAUCAAACCGGACGAGCCCGAUUUUCUUAAACGAAUGAAGGCACAAAUCGGCUACCGGGAAGGUCCAUCGAUCGACGAUAAGCGUGAAGCGAUUGAAAACUUUGAUUCGGACUCGGACGACGAGGAAAAUGAAGACGAAAAGCCGCAAGUGGUUGUAGUAAAGGAGGGCGAUCUUACCGAAGCGGAAGCUGCACAAGCUUUCAAGGAGGAGAGUGAAAAACCUGCUGAUUUGAACCAAAAAAUUGUGUUCAAAGCGAGAAAAGCCAAAUCGGACAAACCGGAGGAAAAGCCAAAACCGAAGCCGGAAGAAAAGAAGGCGAAAAAGGCAAAACAAAAGCAGGAAAAGAGCAAACUUUCCUUCAACGACGAGGAAGACGAGGAAGAGUACUAAGGAAAGAGUAAGGC